GUCAAAAGGAUAGUGAGGAGUCCGGUGUAAAGAAAUAGCUGGCAGCGUACUUGUAAUAUCCUACAUUUAUUCUGUGUCCGGAGCUGCAGAAGCUUUUGGAGCGUUAUUCUUAUGAAUUACACACAGAGCAGGAGCCGUCUCUUUGCAUUUAGUUGUAUUAUCUGUGUUGAGAGGACGAUGCCUUUGAGGACCGGACUUUUUCUCCUGAUGGUGCUGAACGCAUCUGCAUAUGAACUGGAUCAGAACGAGUCUUAUUCGCCUAGAAGAACACGCUUUUCCGCCAAUAGCCCUUCAGAUGUGGCACGCUGUCUCAACAGUGCCCUCCAAGUUGGCUGUGGAGCCUUCGCCUGCCUGGAAAACUCAACUUGUGACACAGAUGGCAUGCAUGACAUCUGCAAGUCCUUCCUAUACAGUGCUGCUAAAUUUGACACUCAGGGUAAAGCAUUUGUGAAGGAGAGCCUUAAGUGUAUUGCCAAUGGCAUCACCUCGAAGGCAUUCCCCAGCAUCCGCCGCUGCUCCACCUUUCAAAGAAUGAUAUCCGAGGUCCAAGAGGAGUGUUACAGCAAGCUGGAUAUCUGCACCGUGGCUCGAUCGAAUCCAGAUGCUAUUGGUGAAGUGGCACAGCUUCCAAGUCACUUCCCAAAUAGGUUUUAUGGUAAGCUGCUACAGAGCCUGAUGGACUGCGACGAAGACACGGUGGAUCGCGUUCGGGCCAGCAUGGUGUCGCGGCUGGGCCCAGAGAUGACCAUGCUUAUUCAGCUGCUGCAGAGCAAGCCCUGCCCAUCCACUGCUGUGGCUGCAGCUGCCGCCAUCCCAACUGGAGUGGAGGGCCGUGGGAGCUGGCGCUGGUCCAUGGGUCCCCAUAUGUAUAAGAUCCAGCCUAAUCUGCGAAACAGAGACUCCGCCAGUCAUUUUGGCAAAAAACGCUCGGCCACUGACAGCUCCUAACUUCCAUUCAGAUUCAGAAACUCCACACACUCCUCAAAACAUCAUGAAAGUUCCUCUAUUCCCUAGGGGUGACAGAAUGCAUUCCUCUGCGAGACUGGAAGUUACAGAAACAUGCACCUCUAGGGAAUGCCGGAACGCCCAUAGAGUCGAUAUCAGAAUUUGAUUGUUGUUUCAUUGUAUAUCCCACACUUAGGCCCUUCCAUCGACUGUUUUCAAACGUGUCUGCUCACAGUUAGUGUUGAACAUGUGGCUGUUGCAACGUUGCAACAUGGUCCUGUUAACUCCUCUUCACCUCCUCCGACAGAGCUGAAUCCUUAACAAGUCUUUUGAUGCCAAGAAAAAAAAAAGAAAAGAAAAAAACAGCCAUAGUGGUUAGUGCCUCUCGAGCACAAGUAUGUACGUUAAAAGACAAAAACUCAUAUUCUUGACAUUUCUUCAUGACUAGAAAUUAGUAGUUGGAUUAUUAUUAUUAGUUCACUGAUAGGAAUGAGAAUUUAUUGGUAGAUGUGUCUAAUAUUUCCGCAAUGAGACCUGUGAAAUUGUGAGCAUGAGAUGUGGAAAUAAUUUUCUAUUUUCUAACACUAACAUAACAGUUAAAUGUACUGUAUACUAAGUUAUCUGAGACAGCCAUAGCUAGCCCUCUAAAAGAGAGACAGCUCAAACGGAGGGAGGUCUGUAGAGGUUUCAUGAUAACCUUUGAGAGGUUACCUUAAAACUGACCAAAAAAACUACAAACUGCCCUGAAUGCUAUUCAUGAAAACCAAAAUAGUGUAUAGCUAUAGCACUUAUAGUUGUUUUUGUUUUGUUUUCUGAUGGCAGAUGUAGCCAUGGUUGCGUGAUUCAAAGCAUUGUCCAGCACAUAAGGAUCGUCCAGGUCAUGGCCAAGUCUAACUAUCAGAAAAAGCCCAUUUUACAUAUCUUGUAUCCAGCUACUUGUAAAAGCAUAUGACUGUUGAGCUCUGGAGUGUAUGUGGGACCAUGUUUAGUGGAAUCUGUAUCCGAGUUUUGAACUGAGCGUGAAGCAGUAGUGUAUGUGCAGUAGCUGAUUAGCACGUUCACCGAUGAGACUGAGAGCAGCUGUCUUCUUGGACUGAUGAUCACUGCUCUCUGAGGUGAAUAACGUGACAUACACACUGGCUUCCAGUGUCGAGAUUGAGACUGACUAUUUAAAAAAAAAAGCCUUGUUGGAAUGAUAUUUAUUUUCCUACUAUAUUAUUUAAUGUUUUUUUUAUUUUAAUGCAUUAUUGUAGUUUUAAUUAGUUUACAGGUUUAAAAACAAGUCCAGACAUGGCUCCUAUUUGAACAUGAGCUCUAUGCCAAAAAAAGUGAGCUGACACUCUGGUGACUGAAUGGGACCCAUGUCAUGACUCUGUGCUGGCCAUAGGGGAACAAGGUUGGUCAUUCAAGUCAGGUGAUCUACUUUCUGGGUGUUACAAGGGACCACAACAAAACAAUAGCUUCAUUUUGACACAAUUUCUGGUUGAUAAAGGUCUUCAUUGCAGCUGCUAGCUUAUUUGGUGCUGGGCGGGGUUGUGCACAUUAUUGAAGAUUUACCAGGUAUCACCACAGGUAAACAAACACCAGCAUUAAGCACCUUUAAAGCCAGUUAUCUUCAUCCUUUUUAUGUCUUUGCUUUUUUUCCGUCAGUCCUGAUUGCCCUGAUUGCAUAAAGACACCCCAUGAUAUGGUAUCUAUAUCGACUUUGGCCCUUUUAAAACUUGGCUUUCUACAUAUUGUGACAUUAAACCUAGAUAACAUCACAUACACAACCAUAGUUGUAUUUUACUCCACAUCUGUCUGCCUAAUCAUAACUAUACGUUUUUAAGAUGUAACUGAUAAUGGCUUCACAUUCAACUGUUACUCAAGCUGAUAGGUGUCUGAAAGUGUGUCAACCUUUGCAAGCCCCACCCAUGUAUUGCUCCAUUAGGAGGCAGUCAGAAGGAUACAAACACAUAAAAUGUGGAGAAUAUCUUUAUAUAUAUUUUCACUAUAGAACCCAGUAUCUCAGGUCCAGAUUUUUGCACUGUUAUUUAGCUACAGACAAACAGCACAAACCAGAGUGAAAAAGUGUUGAAUGUGUGUGAAGUUAUCUACAGACAGCUGUGAUUGACCAGACUCUUAAUGUAACAUCAGGGAUUUCAGUUAUUUCGCAUUUCGUUGAUACAUUGGGAGAGUUCUUUGACAGUGACACUCAGGAUUUCUCAGUAGGUAAAAGCUCAUGUUACUCUGUAUAUAUUGAGGGACAUCAAAACAACUUAUUGGUCAUAUUUCCCCCUUAUAGUACCAAACCAACCGUGUUUAAUUUACAGUUGGUGAUGUCUCAUUUCACAACGCUACUGCCACUUAUUGUAACAUUAUCUGAGCAGAUAUUGCAAGUAACUGUAAAACUUAGAGGUGGAGAGAUCCUGUAAUACCUCCGAACAGCUGAUAUAAAAGCUCCCCCCUCUUUCUGCUGAGCAAAAUGGCAGCCUGGCAUACUGCUGACACAUGACUUUGUACUCAGCUGAAUUGUAUAGAUCAGGCCAUGGUCAGACUUCUUGACAUAAUGCAUGUUUGGGUCCGUUUUGGAUGAAUAGAUGCACCCUGAAUUGCAGCUGUACAUCAAUGUCACAAAUACAUCUAAGUAGACUUGUGUGCUGCUCUCUAGAAACUAAAACGCAUGAAAUCUGAACAUUUUUGCAACAUGGUCUUUGAAGAUUAAGACAAUCAUUUGUAAUCAGUAUGUUAGUGGAGAGCAGCAUUCACUGAGGUGGGGCUUCAUGCUGGUGUUUGAUUUAUACAUACCUGUUGGAUAGAUGCUGGUGCUCAGCUAGAUAAUCAGCGGGUUAAGUAAGUUUCUGUUUGGGUGCAAUAUGCAAAUAUUUGUGCGCAUUUUAAAUGCAAUACAGAGAUUAACUUGGAAACGAGGCUGGGUUCAGUUAACUAUUCAACAGUAUGACAGAUAACACCAUUUCUCUAGAACAGAAACCUUGUUUUUUGUUAUCCUCUGAGGAUAUUAUGACAAAUCAAAAAAGGUUAUGCUGACCUUAUUUUGAUUAGCCUUGCAGUUUCUACUUACAGUUUUUGAAAGGCAUUGAACCCAGUCCUGUUUGACGAAAUAUGAAUUGUCCUGUACUGAUGAGAGCGAAGCAGAGACCAGAGAAAGAGAUGUCAGUGUCAAUUUAAAAGCUAAGAAUUCCAAACUAUGCAAUAAUCUCACAUACAAAGGAUUCACAGCAACUCACAGAAAUUGACCUUUCUUUCAUUCAGUGCCAGCUAAUGCUGUGUUAAUAAAGCAGCAGCAUGUUUGCUUUCACACUGCACUCACAGUGUGAAGGCGACGCUCAUCUCUUUUGUUUUUUGUAAACUGGUGUUUCAUUUUGCUCUGUGAAGAUGAUCUUUUAUUUAGUGUCAUUUGGUGCAAAAGGGCAGCAGUUCUUAAGGAAUCACUCGGGAGGUUAAGAGCUAUAGUCACACUGUAAAAUAUCCUAGCUUACUAUUUUAUGUUCAAUAUGCACUUUGCAUCUUAACCACUAUAAAGGGCAUUGAAACAUUCAGCACAUGUGCAAUCAUGACACGUUUAAUUUACCCGGUGAAUGGAAAUCAGCCUGAAAUACUUUGCAUCCUGAAGGGUCAGGGCUUCUUCAUGUACUAUUGAUACAUAUGUCUGUAUCUUUGUUGUCCAUGGGUAAAUCCAAAACCCAACAGCUGCUGCUAAACUGUUACUUCCCUGUGUGAUGCUGGUCCAGAUGCCUCUCUGCUGUGGCCGCUCUGAUCAGUCAGCAUACAGAGAGCUCAGCAUCAGUCCAUAUUUUACAUUUUAAUGUCUUUCCAUGUCGUCGUAUUUAUUUUCUAUGAACAUUCCUUGUGUCAAAUAUAUUUGGCAAGGGCAAAUUGACUGUUUCCUCACUAAGUCAAAUGUAAUGGUAAUUUCAGAGAAUGUACCUGUAUACUGAAUGUCUGUUUCGAUGUGGAAAUGCCCAAGUUAGGCGACCCAUGAAGGCUGUUAGAAGAGAUAAAACGAAUGGCCUGAUUUCUGUUUAGUUUAGGGUGCUUAAGGUGGUACUGGAGCAUUAUUAAAUGGACCCUUGGUGA